GUAUUGAACUGUGUUGUAAAGAUCAAUAGCUUAGACUGGCGAAGUCAACGUACUGUAUUUGGGAAGCAGUCCAUUUCCACCCCUGCCCCACUUGUUCAAGGAGAGUAUGAAGCAGAGAAGGACGUGUAUAAACAGCAGGUCUGCUGUGUUGAAGGAAAUCACCUCCCAGAACAGCUGGCUUCAUUCCAGCUGCAAGACAUUCAUCUGUUUUCUCGCAGCCCGUUGGGGAGGAGAGAGAGCGCAACGAGCAAGAGUACAGCAAAGCUCAGUCUGUCUGCUGCAAGUUUAAAACCUGAGACCACAAAAGGAGCCACGCAGCCAAGCUUAGUGCAACCACUGAAUGAGCCACUGAAAAUAGAAAAAAAAACAAAAAAAAAAGGCGGAAAGGGGACACAGAAAUAAGCAUACAUACGAGACACUGGAUUUUAAAGAAAUGUUAAUAACAGACAUAGGAAGAGCCGUGAUGUAAAACCAAAUCGCCUAACUUGUCAAGAUUCUUGACCAUGGAAAAAGUUUAAGCAGAAUGUCUACUUACAAGACAAGGGAAAAAACUGCUUGACCCAUAAAAGACAUUGCGAUAUUCUAUCGAACAGAGAAGUGGAUUGCUUGGCUUGCCCACACUCACUGGAUUGAUUUCAGCACCGAGAGGAAGAAAUGACGUGGCUCUGAACUUGAGUAUCGCUUACAGGAGAGAAGCCUGGCCUCAAACAAACAAGAGACAUUUCCCAGAUACGCUACACAGUGGCACUUGAAACAAAAACAAACCUAUUAUUUUCACACAACAGAUUGCACAUUAAUAAAAAAAGAAAACAUUUCUGGUGUCUCUAUUUGGAAAUAUAGCACAGUGACGACUAGGAGAUUACGGCUUAAUGAUGUCACGCAAAGGAAGUCAUUAAACAUCAGUAGAUUUUUAUUGUUAAAUCAUUACGGUUUUGGUUCUGGCUUGCCCCCUCUCCUUAAAGAUUGAAACCCAGCAAACUGCAGCCCCCCUUGGACCGUGGGCCCUGUGACCAUGCUGGCUAAGCCCCAGGAUACACCGGGACCAGCGAAGACAGGUAAACACGUGAACAACAAAGACAUGUCAGAGCAUGGCAGCAGCAUCUCUCUGCAGGACAGCCAGAUUCAGUGGCCUUUCCUCCUAGCUGCCAACGUUUCGGGACAGGCCAACUAUUCAGAGUCCUUCCAGCCAUCAAGGCUGAGUGCACUGGUGGGGGCGCCGGGGGCUGCCCAAGGAGGAGGAGGAGAGGAUCUGUGCUGGGCUGCCCUGCUCAUCAUCGUGGUCAUCAUCCCCACCCUUGGAGGCAACAUACUGGUGAUCCUGGCUGUCUCACUGGAGAGGAAGCUGCAGAAUGCCACCAAUUACUUCCUGAUGUCGCUGGCGGUGGCAGACUUGCUGGUUGGGCUCUUGGUCAUGCCCAUUGCUCUCACCACUGUGCUCUUCAACUCCGAGUGGCCUCUGCCCACCUCGCUCUGCCCUAUCUGGAUAUUCCUGGACGUUCUCUUCUCCACAGCCUCGAUCAUGCAUCUCUGUGCAAUCUCCCUGGAUCGCUACAUUGCCAUCAAGAAGCCCAUUCAGCACAGCCAGUUCAAAUCAAGAGCUAAAGCCAUGGGCAAGAUAGCUGUGGUGUGGCUGAUUUCUAUAGGAAUUGCAAUUCCCAUUCCAAUCAAAGGCCUUCAAGAUGAAUCCAACAUCUUCAAAAACAAGACAUGUCUGCUGAACAGCGAUCGGUUCCGGGAGUUCAUUAUCUUCGGCUCUACAGCAGCUUUCUUUGUCCCACUGGCCAUCAUGAUGGUCAUCUACAUGCUGACCAUCCAGGUUCUGCGGAAAAAGGCCUACCUGCUCAGGUUCAAGACGCACCAGCGCUUCACUAGAUCAACUGUGUCCACCAUCUUCCAAAGGGAGCAGCUGCCACCAGGGUCCUCACCAGAGCAGGUGGCCAUGCUUGACAGCUCCAGGAAAGAGAAGGUCCAGCCCAACGUCCGCGUCAAUAACAACCACACCACCGGGGAAGAGAUACCUAUCAGGAGGAUGUCAGCCAUGGGCAAGAAGUCCAUGCAGAACAUCAGCAAUGAGCAGCGGGCUUCCAAAGUCUUGGGUAUUGUCUUCUUCCUCUUUGUAGUCAUGUGGUGCCCAUUCUUUAUCACCAACGUAGCCUCUGUGUUUUGCAAGACCUGCAGUCAGGAGAUUUUAGGCAGGCUAAUGGACUUCUUUGUCUGGGUAGGGUAUGUCGCCUCCGGCAUUAACCCUCUCGUCUACACACUCUUCAAUAAGACAUUCCGGAAGGCUUUUAGCCGAUACAUCACUUGUGACUAUGGUGGGUCUAGGCCACCCAAAUUGCAUCGCAAGACAUUAACCAGGAUCUCCUUUCGCUCAUCCAUGGCAGAGAACUCCAAGCUCUUUAUGAAGCAUGGCAUGAGGAACGGUAUUAGUCCAGUGCCCUACCAAAGUCCACUGCGCCUAAGGCCUGCACCAACAUGCAUCCAGUCUUCCACCACUAUCCUGCUGGAUACCUUAUUCUUCACUGAGAACGAGGGAGGCAAGCAAGAGGAGCAGGUCAGCUACGUGUAGCCGAUUGUUAGUGCCACUGCAAUCACCUUUCUUGCAGAAGAGGCAACUCCCAGGCAAAAAGGCAUUGUUACAGCCAGGACUUCUGCUGGUUAUGACACUAUGUGUCAUCCAAAUGAUCUGAAAAAGAAAGGCAGGCCCUACUAAUCUUCCACUGUAAGGGACAGAUUUUAGGCACUCUGACUGUUCCCCCCCCCCCCCCAAAAAAAAACUAAACACAACACAACACACACACUGUAUUGGGGGGGUGAAUUGCCUUAAUAAAAGCUCCUGUGACAUUUCCUACAGACAGUGCUAUCUUACCAAAAUAUAGGAAAAUAAUUGAAAAUGAAAGAUUCUUAUCCUAGAAAGGACUGGGAGUUUGAUAUUUGACUUUUUUCUUCAAAAGCCAACAGCCUGUUUAAUUAUUAGUAUAGAAACAAAAUAUGCUGGUGUUUUUUUACAGGAGAUACGGCACUUAACAUCACUACCAAUCAGGAGGAGGUGUAAUCCUGAUCUCCUAUUCAAUUCCAUGGACCUAUAAUCUCCGGAAAAUAUUUUUAAAACAAUCCUAGCUGUGAUCUUGGGUGCCGAAUUUCUUUUUUUCUUGUAGUAUGGAUACUGAAUUAAUGGAAAUAAAACACCAGGAUCAUAAGGGACAUUUUCACUAAUGCCUGAAAACUUUGCUUGGGAAACAUGAAAAUAGGAGUUGAAGACAGACCUCAUUCUAGUGUUUUUUCUUUCUUUCAAAAGGAGGUUGCCAAAAUAAAGAUAACUAACAAGAUAUCUGUCCCUCUGUCCCAUAGGAUUUUGGUAUAAUGCAAUUCUUUAACUUGGUUUUUGUUUUAACAAGGACAAUAAAGUCUGCAAGAACAACAAAGCCUCUAUGACUAAGCUCAAGCUGUGCUUGUUUUAAAACAUGCAUGUUUUUUUUCCCCCUCCCAUGCCAGAACACAUAAACAUUGUUGAGCAGGGGUUUAUGAUGAUAGCCGUUUAAUAUCUAUAGCGGAAAAAGAAUAAUUAAUUAGGCACGUUGUCAAGAUCAGCCUUUGGUUUGCAGAUGCUGUAUCUGCCUGUGGGAAGCACAUCAACAUUUGAGCCACUGAUUUCUUGGGCACUCCUUUGUACACACAUUUGAUUAAGACACUACCUACAAGAUAAAGUAAUGACAUUCAAGACUACAAUCACAGUCUGUGUCCCCUCUCUUAAAAGAAGUUCUGGAAGCAACUGUUGCAGUGCAGGAGUUUAUUGUAAUUUCACUGCAACUUUGGGCAUUAAUUAAACUUGUAUAAAUCUGUUGUAUGUCAGGCACCACAAUGAAUAAAACAGCCUAACCUUUAAUAAUUAACCCUAACUAAAGUUUUAAAGGGGAUGCUUCAAUUAAUUUGACAGAUUUGUCAGUUAGUGCCGUCUACAUAGACGACAUUAAAGACCUCUGGAAAACUCCAAAGGUCAAUUGAAGCGUGCUACUUAUUUCGACCAUUAACUAAAUUGGGGUUUGGUUCAACCCCUGUUAAACCAUUAAUUUGGUCUAAAUUAAUAGACCAAAUUAAUGGUUUAACAGGGGUACCAACGUACCAAACACUUAACCAAUUAACUGGUUUAACAAGACCCAUUUAGUGGUUUAUUUUAGACCCGUUUUAAACCAGCUCUAUUUAAAAGACGUAUGCUGCAAAGUAACCUUUCCUUGCGAAUUCAUCUACAGCCAGUACACUGUAUCUUGUAACAUUGAACAUGCCUUUAUGAAACCUUGUGGUCUAAAUUAAGAUUAAUUUUGAGGUUUGAACCUCAUUUAAGUUGCAAUUGACCAAGUGUUUAGGUUUGUGGGCCAUCAAAGCAGCAAGUUAUAAGCUUUCCUGAGGUGUCGGAUACCGACAGUCUAGUACAGCGCCCUGCUAAACUCCCACCCCAAACAAGAGUUAAGCAAAUGCUGAGUGGUAGACACCCAGAGUUUAAACCCGGGAAAGUUUCGAAAUUCUUGGAGCUAAGGAUUUACUCUAAACACAGGGAUGAUUUACAACCGGUUUAUCUUACAGCCCAUCGAUCAACUAAAUAUCGCACAGCCUUUUUUGGAUGAAAAAUAAAAGGCCCACAGUUCCUCUGCUUGGACGCUGUACUGUUUAAUAUGGCUUUACAUGCGACGGGUACAUUGAGAUAUAAAAGACGAAGUAUUGGUGUUUAGAAACAGAUAAAGGAGAAAAGUACGAGGACUCGAAGGCUAACCAGAAGCACACUGUGUUUCUACAUUGUACUACCUUCUCGUGCUCACAGUGAACUGCGUGAGGUUGGCUCUGUAGACAAUGCUUGCGAGCUUCAUUUCCAUGUGACUCUUCAGGAGGCUGAAUUUGAAGUGCCUGAAGUGACAUGCUCAAGCUAAACCAGCAUGUAAGUGCAAUAAAGACUUUCUUCAAUAUAAAUAUUAUUUCUCAUGCCUCCAGAUGUCAUAUGCAAUUGUUACAUGCAUGCAUUCAAACUGUAAGCAUGUGGUGAUAAUAUAUUGUGCCAAUCAUUUUAAUGAACUGAGCCAUCCUGCAUGAAAGUGACAUUGUAAUCGUUUGCCUUAUGGAACCCAUAUGGCCCAUUCGGGUGACUUUAAAUAAUGUAAUAAACCAAGCAAUUCCAGGAUGCUUUAGCAGAUCUACAGUAUACAGAAGCUGUUCCCUUUCACCUUUCAAUCAUUCAUGCUGCAAAACUAUACAAAACACAAUUACACUAGAUUGUAAGUGCACAAGACAACUCCCACCCUCCCUCCCUCUUGGGACAAGCUCCCCAAAUGGUGAAUACAGAACUCAGCACAGAUGCCAAAAAAGGCAACACUUGGCCAAGCACUCCAGGGACAGCACAAUUCCAACAGUCCUCGCAUUCCUUCCAGCUCACUCUCAGGACUGCAGCAGACUGAUCAAUCUCAAACACCUACAUAAUACUGCACAAACUCAAGAGUGGAGGGUUUGAGGACCAGGAGAUCAGCUCCAGCAAAAACUGAAAUUGUAUUUGUAACUAUUGGUAAGUACGCCUCAGUCAACUCCUGCUGCUGAACUGGGAAUGAAUCCCAGUCGACCUCAGAAAGACAAUUAUUAGCUCUCAGGCAUCAAAUCUAUAGUGUUCAAUCUGUAACUGCGUGUUUACACAGGACCAACAGCCAGAAACAAGCAUGUCGCCAAACAAACUUGAACUAAACAGUUAUUAUACAGCCUUUACACAUACUUACACUAUUACCAAGCACAAGUUAUUCAGAGCAAUAAAGUAGGACUCACCCAAAUAACUUUCUAACAAGCAUGUCACUUCAAAACAGAGGUUUACAAGAUAAUAAGAUGUCAAGCUAAAAAGGGCUAUCCUAGUUCUAUGCAGAGUUGAGUGAUUUGUACGGUUCUUCAAUUUACUAGCAAAGACGAAUUGAGACUACACUUCAAUGCAGUGUUUUUUUAGUUACGGUUUGUUUUUUUAGUUAUAUAGUUAUGAUUUGUUUUAUUUUAGUUAGUUAUUAGUUUAAUUGUAGUUAUUAGUUAACUAAAUAGAAUUUUAGUUAUUUAGUUAUUACAGUUAACAGAGUGGUAAUGACCUUGAAAUCUGUUGAGGCAAAAAUAACUUGGGUAAUGCCAGGCUCUGCACCUCUUCACAGUACACUCCUUAAGAUAGCCAGCCAUAAAAUGUAUUGAUCAGAGAUUACCAUUUUGCUGUACAGCCCUCCACACACUUUAAUACUAAUAUCAAAUAGAUUCUGUGUGCUGGAAACAUGUAGUAAAAAGCAGGUUGUUUAUUUCAGCUUGAUUUGUACUUAAUUUACAAAAGCUAUAUUUAGUUGUUUGUUUUUUUUACAUUAAACUUGAGGAAAAAUAAUUAAACCGUUUAAUUUGCAGUUGUAAAUGAUUAAGUAGAUGCCUGAUGAAAACAAGACAUAUAAUAUAUAAACAACUUGCCUGAAUCAAUGGACAGAGAAAAAAAAAAAAAGUGAAUAAAAAAUAAAAAUAAAACAUUUGCCUUUUUUCUGUACAAUACAAAAUGUCCUCGACACUCAGGCUUUCCAAGAGAUUGGAAAACACAAAGAAGUUGUAGUGUCAGAUAAAUCUUUCAUGUGCUAAUUUAACAGUCCCUAUAGGGAGUUCAAAUGCUUAUUUUUGGUUGAAAAUGCUUUAUGAAUAUGGACCACAUUGAAACAAAAACUCAUUAAAAAUGUACAUUUUCCGCAAGAUAAAUUCUCAUUCCAUACAUGUAAAAUAGCACUCAUUUUGUUUGAUUAACUCUGAUUAAAGAAUUUACCAGUUUUUUUAAUCUAUUUUUUCCAUUCAAGCAGAGAAUGGGUGAAAUCAACCUUUGUUUUUUUUUUAAAAAAAAAAGACUUUUUAUGCCAUUGAGAAAUGUCUCGUAUAGCGAAACCCCUUUAUCAUAUUCAACAUGUUACCAACAUUGUAAUUGAAAUAAUGUUUGGUCACAGCUGAUCUAUACAUAUAGAUAAAGAUCCAAUUGUAUGUAAAAAUAAUGUGAUAUCUUGUAACAAUUUUAA